AUGGGUUCAGGACCCGACAAACCCAGUUCGCCUGUAGCGGCGGCACCAUGUCACACUCCUCCACCCGUUACCAGUCUGUCGGGUCAGGAGGAGAACCCUGACGCGCACACGCCAAAGAGCCCAGAGGGUCAAGAUCGCCCUGAGGAGGAGCACGCCCCGUUGCAAGUUGAUGAAGACGAGUUACCUGGUAAUGAUGCAGACUCUACAUAUGGUUCUGACAGGGACUCAACAUACACAACAUCGGUCACCUCAUCCAUCUACGACUACCAGUAUGAGAAUGGACGACGCUAUCAUGCUUUCCGAGAGGGCCAAUAUAUUCUCCCUAACGAUGAUCAAGAGCAGCAGCGAUUAGAUCUCCAGCAUCAUAUCUGGCGAUUACUGCUUGGCGGAGCUCUUUACACCGCCCCUCUACCGCCGUCAAGCGACCAGAAUGAGUUUCGCAUUCUUGAUCUCGGCUGCGGCACUGGGAUCUGGGCAAUCGAAAUGGCAGACGACUUCCCCAAUGCCGCCGUAUCCGGUGUAGAUCUGUCGCCGAUCCAGCCUGACUGGGUUCCCAGCAAUUGCCAUUUCCACGUGGACGACUACGAAGAUGAGUGGACGUACCGCGAGAACGAAAAGUUCGAUUACAUUCACGGCCGCGCACUCAGUGGCACUUCAUCUGACUUUCCUCUCUUUUACAAAAAUGUCCUAGAAAAUCUCAAGCCCGGCGGAUAUGUCGAGAUGCAGGAGUACGACGCCUGGAUCUUCAGCGACGACGAUAGCUGCGACCGCGCACCUUGGACCAUGGAGUGGGUCAACAAGCUCGACGAGGCGAGUAAGAUGUUUGGCAAGCAGAUAAACGUGGGCCGUUAUCACAAGCAGUGGAUGAUAGACGCUGGGUUUGAGGAUGUUCAAGAGCGAAUCUUUCGUAUACCCAUCGGACCAUGGGCAAAGGAUCCAACGUUGAAAGAGCUGGGUAAAUUUGAACUUACGCAUAUGCAAAUGUCUGUUGAAUCACACACGCCGGCACUAUUCACCCGCGUGUGGAACUAUUCUCAUGACCAGUGCAUGAUAUUGAUGGAGGGUGUUAAGAGAGAGUUUCGCAGUCGUGAUUUGAGGCUGAUUACCAGUUAUCGAUUCCUCACAGGUCGAAAGCCAAUGCAAGCUUCAUAA